UUCACUGCCGGCUGCCAAACGGGUGUGUGUUGCAGGCGAAGGCAAAGUCGACUGAGGAAAAGGAAGUAAAAAAAAAACAAAAGUAAAAAAGAAAAAAAGUUUUCCAGAGUGGAGAUCUUACGAAAACCGCGAGUUUUAAGCAGUUGUCCAGUUUAGCUUCUCUUUCGAAGCUUUAAGGGAAGUAGCUAUGCCCUUAGGGCUAAGAAGUAAGAAAAAAUCCAAGUCGAGGGAGAGCUCGCAUCUGAUGGAGAACGAGGAACUCGGGGAACGGGGAGGAUUCGCCGGGAGUAGCGUUGUCAAAGCGUCCACCAAUGGAGCCGGGCUACCUCCUCCUCCUGCCAACCUGCGCCCUAAGUUGGUGUUUCACACACAGCUGGCUCAUGGCAGCCCCACCGGCAGAAUCGAGGGCUUCACCAACGUUAAGGAAUUAUACGCAAAAAUUGCCGAAGCUUUUCACAUCUCCGCUGAAGAGAUUCUGUUUUGCACACUGAAUACCCAUAAAAUUGACAUGGACAAACUAUUAGGAGGGCAGAUAGGCCUGGAGGAUUUUAUAUUUGCACAUAUAAAAGGAACAAAAAAAGAAGUGGAAGUCUUGAAAUCUGAGGAUGCCUUGGGUCUCACCAUCACUGACAAUGGAGCUGGGUAUGCAUUUAUAAAGCGUAUUAAAGAAGAAAGCGUAGUUGAUAAAGUGAAAGUUAUUUGUGUUGGGGAUCAUAUAGAAUCCAUCAAUGGGAAAAAUAUAGUUGGCACCAGGCAUUAUGAAGUAGCCAAGAUGUUGAAGGAACUCGAUAAAGGAGUGACAUUUACUCUGAAGCUUGUGGAGCCUUUCAAAGCGUUUGAAAUGCUGGAACCACGUAAAGGGGCAAAGUCUGGAGGAGAAGCAAAAAUUGGCACAGGACGUGGCACACUACGGCUUCGGUCUAAGGGUCCAGCAACAGUGGAAGAAGUUCCCACUGAAUUUGAAGAGAAAGCAAUUAAAAAGGUGGAUGACCUUCUUGAAAGUUACAUGGGAAUCCGUGACACAGAACUGGCUGCAACAAUGGUGGAAGUUGGAAAAGACAAAAAGAACCCAGAUGAGUUUGCAAUGGCACUGGAUGAAACACUUGGAGACUUUGCAUUCCCUGAUGAGUUUGUGUUUGAUGUCUGGGGAGCAAUUGGCGAUGCUAAAGAUGGAAGAUUUUAGCUGUGAUGUAAAUAUUUUUACUGGCACCAUGUUUUGGGAUAUAAUAUCACUUUUUUAAAUCAAGAUAAUUUAAUUUUUUUAUAGUUUUAGUAAUUAAAUAAAAAUUGUGAUCUUACAAAGAUGUUUCCUUUUUUGUGACAUUUCAGGCUAAGCUGAUUAUGUUUUUUUGUCCCUUUGUUCUUAUGUGUCAUGUAUAUGAAAUCAUUUGUGGAACAGUGAAACAAGCAAGCUCCAAGACAGGCAGUUUGUGGAAAGUCUUGAGCCAUGUUCAAUGUAAUUUCACAUAAAAGCUUUACACAUUCUCAUUCUGGCAGUUUAUAUUUAAAAAGGUGUACUAUAAAUAGGAGUUCAUCUGUCAGAAAAGAAUUGGUAGUGUUAUACUUUUGAAAUGAUGCAUAGUAAAUAUUGUUAUAUGAAAAUCUUUAACAUUGUUUUACUGUCUGUUUGAAAUAUGUUAUUUUUUGCUGGGUUUCUUAGCUGCAGGUCUAGAAAGUAAUUAUAUGUUUAAUUCAUAUAGGCAGCAUUGAAAGUUGGCCAAAGACUGCUGCUUCUGAUCCCACCACCCUCCUGCUUUGUGAUUCCUGCUUUCAGGUUGUCUUGAAACCUGCAGUUGUCUGGUUUCCAGUUGCAUACUUAGUGUGUACAUUUUUGUUUAUACUUGAGGCCUGCUUCUUUUAUGUUAUUUUACUUCACUGUAAUACAGUUUUUUUAGAAUGAACUAUUGAAAUUUCACACUACUAUAGCCAGUUGUUUUUUUCUGGAUUUGGUCUGACAAAUAUAGAGCUGCAUAGAGAAGUGAUAUGCUGGCUGUUAAUCUGGGGACAGUCAAACAGUGGCUGCCCAACGGAAGUUCUGGUAUACUGAUAUAGGCAGAGGUGGUGUGUGAAAUUUUAUUCGAAGCUUGGUUACACAUUCACCAGGUUCAGUAAUGCAACAUACUUUACAUUUUCUUUACGUGAACAUACUGUGUGAUGAUAUUGUACAAUGAAACAUGGUUUGUGACUUAUUUUUAACGGUAUAUUUUUGUCUGCAGUGGGAUAUAUUUAAAUGUUUAAAAACUUACCUUUUAUUAGUUGAGACUUUUAUCCAGCCUGUAAAGUAAAGUUUAUUUUGAUGUUGUUCACAUUAUUAAGUCAUUGGUUUACAGUACAGUAUAUGGACAUUUUUGAUUUGGUUUUCACAACACCAGGAACAUCAGUUUGAGUCUAGGACUAGCCAGUACAUGGAGUUUGCAUGUUCUCCCUAUGUUUCUGUGCGAUUUCUUCUAGUUCUUUAAUAUGCCCAUGCGUAUGUCUUUGCUAGUGUGAGUUGAGUGUGCUCUGGCAAUUUAAUAACCAACAUAUGAUUCAUUUUAUAGGUCUGUAGGGCCAUUACUUUUUAUAGUCUCUUUUUAUCUAGUCAAUACUGUUGCAUGUGCACCUUUCAAAUUCAGGUAGGUGCCUCCUUUAUGAUAUUUGCUUGGUCACACUUGACUUGUAUGGGUUUCUUCAAAAGUGCAAACACAUGCAAUAAUAAACAAGGACAAUGAGAAUUAACUUGUGUAAGUGUGCCCUACCAUGAACUGCCAUCCUAUUCGUGGCCAAAUGCUCAAUACUGCUAGGCUAGGCUAAGCUUAGCAUUGACUUAUCAUUAUCUUAAAAUUGAAAAUGGGGUUUAUAAAAUAGAUUGAUAAAUGAGAUAUUUCUGAGUUGAUUGAAACUGUCCCAGUCAAAAAUAUAAACAAAUUAUGCCGGGCCAUCUUAACAGCAACUUAGGCCUCCAGAUAAAGUAGUGCAAUGGGGCCUCUGUUUUGAUAGCAAAUCAGAAACAUAGUGGACCCCCAUGCUCCUCGAGCUCCGUGCCAGUGCACUUUGUGCCCAUAUUUUAAGACAGCCCUGGGCAUGGUGAAACAGUGGUUAAAAACAGAGGGUAGAAUCAAAAACAAUGAUAGAACGACUUGUGCCGUGUCUUAUUGCUAUGGGCAGAAACGAAACUGCUUAGCACUUUUUGGUUGGUAACUGCCAGUGGAUGAAGGUGCUCCUGGGCAAAUUCAUGAAGAGGAUGGACAGCAUUAGUCAAGUCAGCUUCUGGUUUUACCAUCAUUCUAGUUUGUGUCACUAUCUGCAGUGAGUCCAUUAUCAGUUCAGGGACACGUGGCCUUCCUGAUCAGUUUAAUCAGGCGCCCGUUAUUCACUUUGUUAGUAUUACUAACCCAAGAAACCACAGAGCAAAACGGUACACUAGCCACUAUAGACUGGUUGAAUGUCCCCUGACGUUUCUCUCACAAAUGAUAAGACAUGACUCUUCUCCGAAGGAAGAGCCGGCUGUAGGACUCUCUAUGUACAGUCUAGUGUUCAGGCAGAAACUCGGGUAUUUAUAAUACUGUGGACCCUCCACUUUCUCUGAUGACAGCUUUCCAGUGUUUUCUGAGAUGUAUACAGUAUUGACACGUCCAUAAAUGUACGUUGAGUCUGACAGCAUCAGGAACGUUCACAUCACAAAGGUUUUUCUCAAAGUGCAAUAUUACUUGAUUUUUGAAAAAUGGAGUAUGGUAUGAUUUUUAAACACUCAUAUUUAACCAUGUUAAAUAGAGGAUUGUUUUUUGUACAGUAUUAUUACUUCUAAAAAAAAAAAAAA